UGAUAAAAAGUUUAUAGUUUCUUACUGAUAAUCCUGUUUUUACAAAUUUUAAUUAAUUUCUAACUUUAUAUUAGUACAAAAUGUUAUCACAAAAAGAAACUAUCAAGAGGACCUUGAAAAUGUCAUUACAAGUGAUACAAAAUUACGACUGGCUCUUAGACUUAUAUGUUUUGGACUACUUUGUUGAUCAACACUGGGAAAAGCUACCAUUAACGUGGCGUGAAGCUUUCUACAAUAUGGAUCCUCAAAUUUUAGGCAAUAUAAUAGAUGGAAACUUUUCCAAUACAGUUCUACCUUUGUCAUUUUUAGCAUUAAUGAAGACAGUUCAGUGUUUGACUAUUACAAGGCAGAGUUUAGACAAAUGUGCAAAGAAAAAGUUAAGAGAAAUUUCUGUUGAUACAUGCGGUGGCCAUCCAAGGCUUGCAAAUCUAUUUCUGAAGCAUGUAAAGUUAAAAAAGAGGCAUGAAAUUAGUUUAAUGGCAGAAGUUGUUUAUCAUACAGCCAGUCAAACUAACUGUAAUGGUGUCCUUGAUUUUGGUUCUGGUUUGGGGCACCUAGUGAGAGUUUUGGGGUACAAGUACAAUCUGUAUGCGGCAGGGAUAGAGAGCCAGACACAACUGACUGAAGAAGCUAGAAAACUUGAUUUAGAAUUGGAAUAUACUGCAAGCAAACAUUUAUCUAUAGAAAGUAUGGAUAAUUUGAAGAGACCAACUCACUACAACAUGACACUAUCUUGUCACAGUCAGCUUUUGGAAAUGCAAUUACCGGAUUCUAUGAAUAAAUAUGGGUUAGUAGGUCUGCAUCCAUGUGGGGACCUCGGUCCUUUGCUGUUGAAGCACUUUAUUAAAUGCGAAAGUUCUAAGUUUAUAUGUCUUGUUGGCUGCUGCUUCAUGAAACUAACAUCAGAAGGAUACCCUAUGAGUGAAUAUGUCAAAGGGUUGGACAGUGGCCUGUCAUACCCUAGCAGAGAGAUAGCUUGCCAUGCUAUUGAGGUCUAUUGUGACAGGUUGAAGAAAGGGGACUAUGAGGAUUUAAAGAUACAUGCCUUCAGAGCAGCCUUGGAGAGGAUAUUAGUAGGAAUCAAUCCUGCACUCAAGCAUGCUCCAGUUAGGAGUAUAAAGCAUUCAGACUCUUUGACGUUUGAAAGAUACUGCAGCUUGGCGUUUGAAAGGCUCCAGUUGCCCCUUCCCUCUUGCGAGGCGGUUUGGGCGCGCGCGCGUGACGAUUUGAGCCAAUGGCGGCGCGUGGUCAUCGUGUACACGCUGCGACUUGCGCUUGCGCCGCUCGUCGAAACUGUCAUCUUGUUGGACCGGAUGCUGUACGUUUUGGAACAAGGUCUAUCGUGCGAAAUUCAGCCUGUGUUCGAUCCUAAGAUAUCUCCCAGAAACCACAUAAUGAUUGCGAGAAGAACAUGAGAGAUUUUUGUUAUGU